CUGGUGGAGAUCAGGGGAGCCUGAAAAGAAGCCAAUCGCACAAACUUCCUCCUGUUCACACACAAACACACACACACACAGAAACGCACACAAAGAUCAGAGCUGAAGACACACUUGACGCCUCAACGGCAGACUCUCACCAUCACCACAACUGCAGAAGUUUGAUCGGCAAAUGAAGAUGAGGUUCCGGCUGCUGCUGCUGCAGACUCUGGCAGCCUUUCUCUUCUGUCAAGCUGGCUCAAUUGAUAUAAAAGUGGAGGAAUACACAAAUUCAGUUAAGCUGAGUUGUCCAGGCGGUGAAAUUCGAGACCAAAAUUAUAAAACACAUCAGAGUUUGGAGUUGCUCUACAAGGAUGAGAACACAGGAAAGUAUGAUUGCAUGAAAGACGACUCUGCAGUGUCACAUAUUUUUGUGAAAUUCCGCACCUGCGACAACUGCGUGGAGUUUGACAUGACCUCCAUUGUCAGCAUCCUGGUUGGAAACUUGGUGGCGACUACUGGGAUAGGAGUGGCCGUGUAUUUGGUCGCCUCUCAGACUCGGACGAGUCGAGGCCCUUCUAAGAAAAAACGAUCUGAUAAACAACAGCUCGUUCCUAAUGACGUUUCUGACGAGCAAUACCAGUCUUUGCAUCACAGGACCCCAGACGUGUACGAUAAAAUUAGGAACAAAUAAAUAAAGAGUAAAAAGGCCCCUCUGCUCGUCCUCAAACUAAACCUUUUCUCUGACGUCUACAAGAAAAAAGGCUGUUUUACCUGCUGGAAUGCCAACUGAAAUACCUGCAAAUAGCUGAUCAAAUUGCUGAUACCGGUGAGAUUAUGCUUUGUAGAAACUUCUAGAGUCUUCUUCAGACCGGGGCAUAUCAGUUUUUUAAACUUUUGUGUGCUUUAAGAAAAAAAAAAUUCAAUGUGCGUAUAAAAAUUGUGUUGUAUUAGUAGUGAAACAUCUUUCUUAAUAUGUAUUAAAGUAGAAGAUGAUAAAGCUUUUUUUCUAAGACCUUUUCAGUGACUCUGACCUGAGAAUCCUCACAGAAAAAGGCCACUUGUCUUUGAAAGUCAUUGUUCUUGAGCUGUGCUGUCUGCAAACAUGGUGAAACUCAGCAGCUUCUGUCUUCAUUUUGUCAUAAAAAAUGCAAUAAAAAGUUCAUUGAAAGACCAAGUGCAAUGAAAA